AUACCGAUCUCACACUGUGCUCCGCUGUCUCUUUUCUCCACCAUUCCACCUUUUCCUUUUCUUUCUUCCCCAUAUCUCACAUCCGCCGCCGCCAUCGCCAUGGCUCUAUCCACCGCGACCAACCCGGCCGUGGCCGCCACCCCGACUCCGGCCACCACUUCAUCAGCCUCUCUCAUCACUAGUCUGUUCUCCACCCGCCUCGCCCCCGCCAUUUCCCGCCGCCGUUCCCGCCAGAGCUCCAUCGUCGUCUCGGUCUCCACCUCCUCCAAUCCCACCGCCGUCGCGCCCGGAUGGUCCGUGGAGAGCUGGAGAUCCAAGCCGGCCGUCCAGAUCCCGGAGUACCCGAACAACGAGGAGCUCGAAUCGGUCCUCCAAACCCUCAGCGCGUUCCCGCCAAUCGUGUUCGCCGGCGAGGCACGGAAGCUCGAGGAUGCGCUCGCCAGCGCCGCCGUCGGGAAGGCUUUCCUCUUGCAAGGCGGGGAUUGUGCGGAGAGCUUCCAGGAUUAUAAUGCCAACAUGAUUAGGGAUACCUUCCGUGUUAUUCUCCAGAUGGGCAUCGUUCUCACUUUCGGUGCUCAAAUGCCCAUCAUCAAGGUUGGGAGAAUGGCUGGGCAGUUUGCGAAACCUAGGUCGGAUUCAUUUGAGACCAAGGAUGGGGUGAAGCUGCCGAGUUACAGAGGCGAUAACAUCAAUGGCGAUGCCUUUGAUGAGAAAUCCAGAGUUCCUGAUCCACAGAGGCUUAUCAGGGCUUACCUUCAGUCCGUUGGCACUUUGAAUCUGCUCAGAGCUUUUGCUACCGGUGGAUAUGCUGCUAUGCAGAGAGUUUCUCAAUGGAAUCUCGACUUUGUGCAGCACAGUGAGCAAGGAGACAGGUACAUGGAACUAGCGAGUAGGGUGGAUGAUGCGAUUGGGUUCAUGACUGCAGCUGGUCUUACCAUUGAUCACCCCAUCAUGAACACGACCGAGUUCUGGACAUCGCACGAGUGCCUUCAUCUGCCUUACGAGCAGGCCAUGACAAGGGAAGACUCGACGACGGGUCUCUUCUAUGACUGCUCUGCUCAUAUGCUCUGGGUAGGGGAGAGGACUAGGCAGUUGGGUGGAGCUCAUGUCGAGUUUCUCCGGGGUGUCUCAAAUCCUCUUGGCAUUAAGGUUAGUGAUAAGAUGGAUCCAUCGGAGCUUGUGAAACUGUGUGAAAUUCUCAAUCCUCACAACAAACCUGGAAGGCUGACGAUUAUCACCAGAAUGGGAGCUGACAACAUGCGAAUUAAACUGCCCCAUCUAAUCAGGGCUGUUCGGAAUGCUGGCUUAAUCGUCACUUGGGUCAGUGAUCCCAUGCACGGCAACACGAUUAAGGCACCCUGUGGCCUGAAGACUCGAGCUUUUGAUGCUAUCAGGGGCGAGUUGAGGGCGUUCUUCGACGUACAUGACCAGGAAGGCAGCUACCCAGGGGGAGUCCACCUGGAGAUGACAGGGCAGAACGUGACAGAGUGCGUUGGAGGGUCGAAGACUAUCACAUUCGACGACCUGAACUCGCGUUAUCAUACUCACUGUGACCCAAGGCUCAAUGCUUCGCAGUCGCUAGAGCUGGCGUUCGCCAUAGCCGAGAGGUUGAGGAAGAAGAGAUUGAGAUCUGGGAAAAGCAUCGUAGGCGGAAGCAAUGGUGUGACCAUAUAAAGAUGGUGGUGACUGGUGAUGCCUCGUUAGAUUCCAGCUAAUAUCAGGUUUCCAGGAUCAGCUUGUUGAAGCUCCCAUGCAUCUUAUAUAUAUGUCAAAGUAUCCCUUUUUCGCUCCUUAUCAGUUUUGCAGUUAUCUAAAAGUGUUUGUGGAACUAUAUCGGAAAUCCAACUUGUGAACACAAUGUUUAAGAGAAGUGUAGCUUUGCUUUUGUACUUCUGAUUUAUCUUUUUUUCUUUCAAUCAAGCUCUGAUUGAAGUAUCGUUCUUUUCUAACGUCGGAUUCCUGUUUUCCUAAAUGAGACGUCAAAGCACUAACGGACAAGUCAUGACAUUGCAAUUAAUAAACUAACGG